CGUCUUAACUAUACAAACCACCAUUAAACUCCAUAGAAGGAGGUCUCAACCCUACAGAAAAGCAGGACCUAUAGACCAGCACCCUUAUCAUACAUUUCUUUUGACAGUGUGCACAUCCUGCACAGACUUAUUCUGCAGUAACUGACAGUAUUUGUUGGUGUUUCGUUUUGUUCUGGUCCUAAAUCCGCAGCUAUGGAUUUGGUGUGGCUGGUGUGUCUGGCUGUGAGCUUCGGAACGUGGUUCGCCUCCGCAGAGAGACAUAGCGUCUUCUGGAAUAGCACAAACCCAAAUUUCCUAUGGGAUGAGUUCACAGUGGAGGUGAAAAUCAACGACUACCUGGACAUCAUCUGUCCUCACUACACGCGCGGGGAGCUGCCGUCCCAGGAGGCCGAGCGGUACGUGCUGUACAUGGUGGAGAAGGAGGACUAUGAGGUGUGUAAGCCCCACUCCUUCGACCAGCUGCGUUGGGAAUGUUCCCGGCCCUUCGCUGCCCACGCCCCCGAGAGGUUCUCCGAGAAGUUCCAGCGCUUCACCCCCUUCACCCUGGGCAAGGAGUUCAGACAUGGAGAGAGCUACUACUAUAUCUCCAAGCCACUGCAUCACCACGGCCAGGAGUGUCUGAGACUGAAGGUGGAUGUGGUUGGACCUCAUGGUUCUGGGAAGGCCAAGGCUGACAAAGGCAAGGAUGGAGCGAUGGAGGAAGCGAUGGAUGGAGGAAAGGGAAAGAUGGGAGGAGGAGGAGGAGGAGUGCACAACCCCUCCAACAGGCUUCCAGCCGAUGACCCUACUGUGUUGGAGCCUAAGGUUCAGAAGAGUGUGGGUAGUUCAGGUGUUCAGCUGGUCUCCCUGUCGGUCUUCUUCACCCUGUUCCCCGUCCUACUAUCCCUGUUACUAUAUUGACUGAGUUAAAGACCUAGCUACAACAGAGACACUGUCAACCCAAUGCUGGACAUUGGCACAGAGAAGAUUUUUUUAUAGAUAUUUUUAUAUUUGCAACUGGACUGAGCUGCUCUGUGUGUGAUUGGAACGUGGAUCGUUCCAGAGACCAUGAUCUUCAAGAGUAUUUUCUGAAGGAUGUGUUUCUACAUGUUUUUGUAAAUGAAAUAGGAUGGAUGCUAUUCCCCCUUCUCCUUUUCACUCCAUUUGAUCUGUAUGGACACUUGGAAACCCCACUGACUCUGGAACAGAUCUAACUGGAAACGUGAUGUACUAAUCAUCAUUAUUAGAAAACUGACAAAAGCAGAACUGUUUUCAUGAUUACCCUGAAUUGAAGUUUAACAGUGAUAUACACUGAGUGUAAAAACACAUGAUCAGCACCUUCUUAAUAUUGAGUUGCACCCCCUUUUGCCCUCAGAAAAGCCUCAAUUUGUCAGGUCCUGGA